AUGUACGACACAUACUGCUACAACAUAAACGUCGAGGACAAAUCUUAUUCCCUCGAAAUCACCGACACAGCCGGACAAGAUGAACACGAACGUUUACGAGUCUUUGCUUAUCCACAAGCUGAUUGUAUUCUUUGCUGCUUUGCGCUAGAUUCGCUCAAUUCGUUGCAGAAUGCACAGUACAAAUGGCAUCCAGAAAUCCGCAAAAACAAUCCAACUUGUCCGAUAAUUCUGGUCGGCACAAAAUCAGAUCUCUUCGGCGACAUCAGUGCAAAACUCAACCUUUUGCCACACGAUAAGAUGGUCAAAUCAAAAGACAUUCUCAAGGUCAAGAAAUCAAAAUUAUUCGACGAUAUCGUCGAGUGCUCUGCCAUCAAUCAAAGCGGCCUCAGGCGCGUGUUUGACCUUGCAAUUACAGCUGCCAUGAUCAACAGGGGAUUUUUGAAGACGAAGAAGUCGAGUAAUAAACAAGAAGAAGUUAAAAAGGAAAUUUCACCGUUGGAGCAAGAAAGACUCGACAACGGAGCGCCAGUACAAAUCGCGUGGCCCAUGAAUUCGCAGUGCACGAAGAGGGGAGAUCUCUCGUUUUACGCGUAUUAUACGCUUUGGCGUAAUGAUAGGAUGCCCAUGUACGUGGUGUCAUGCACGUCGCCGCGCACAGAUGGCGCAGAAUUCGUCGAAGCGGCUUAUAGCUACUUUCAGAAAAACAAGUACGAGCCGACUGUGCGCUACGACGAGGCAGCCUUGGAUGGAAAGUAUGUCGUCAUGAUGGUUGAUGCUGAUGCUCCUUCACCAAAUGCUGCGCGAUGCCGUUACUGGCUGCAUUGGGCUGUUUCCGAAGUUGAAGGAAGGCAUUUACGUAAUGGAGUCAAUUGGCAAAACACUGAAGGGAGAGUUCUCAAAGAAUACAAUCCUCCAACACCAGCCAAGGGCUCUGGCAAGCAUCGUUAUCAAUUUCUUCUCUUCGCGCAGCGAUACCCUUACGGAGAGCUUACCACGGAAGGCGAAAGAUGUGGCUUUGAUCCGAAAACGUGGGCAAAGGAAAAUAAACUCGAACUCGUUGCUUCGUCGAUAUUCACCACAGAAUAUGAAUAA